UUUGGAAUGAGACAUUAUACCUUCAGCAUGGGAAUAAAAAGCGGAUAGAAUAGAAUAAUCGGAUGGAUGAUUUGGCCAACUAAAUGCUCCUAAACCUACAAGAAGGGGGAUAGAGAGUAAGUAUGGAAUUUGAACCUCUCUAUGUCGCUGUUAUAACGGAAUAUUGGAUGACGUAUUCGGGGACAGGACGCAAGUGGAGUCUAUCAAGUCAGUGACACUUUGCAGGACAGGACUAGAUACAUUGAAGUUUGGUCAUGUUUUGCUGUUUGUCAUCAACUCAAACCACAGUCAGUUGGCCUAAAUGUUCCUAUUUCAAUUGUCCUAUUGAUAUUGAAUUUCUUUCCAUGCUGGGGCGCAUCAACAUGCAUGGCAGGUGUCCGGUUUUAACGCACCUGGGUGUCUGAUAACAUGACGCGUCUUAUCAGUGUUCCUUGACAACCGUUGAUCGGUUUUCGUUAUUCAGGUGCAAGCCGGUCCUUACAACGUUAUUCCUCGGUGCAUAGGCUAUAUCAAUUAGAUAAAUGUCCUGAAACCCACAUAGCCAGGCUACUCUAAAAUAGGUACCAAAAAUGUUUAAGCAGCCUGCCGACACCGUUGGCAGGGAUAUCAUUGGGACCGAUGGCACAUACAAUUUCCCCAUUCCAAUAUUUAUAGGGUUAGUGUUCCCACACGGCCAUAUCUCCAUGUUACAGCGCGUGUUUACGGAAGACGGAGGCGACCACCUGUGCUAAUUAGCGUGCUCCAAACACCUGUGUGUAGGCCUAACGGAAGAAGGCCUCGAGAAACGUGUUAUAACUGAUCAAUACUGUAGGCUACAACUGUGAUAAAGCCGGUUAAAACAGUGUACAGUAAGUGUAUAUUUUGCAUUAGUAAAACUAUUUUGAUAUGAUAGUAAAUGGCUUUAUGUUUCUAGAACCGUAUCACAAUUGAGAAUCCAUUCACAUUUGGCUGUUUUAGGUGCCAGAGCCAGUCUAACGUUACCUAUGAAAAGAACAAGCUCCUUGGACCUUAAGGAGUAACGGUAGGCUCGCCUACACUCCUUAAGAGUACAUUCUUGGGCUAGUAGGUAGGCUACAGGAAAGAAAACAAAACUGACAGUGUGUAGAAAACAAAUCUACUGGCAGCUAAGCCAAACAUUUUUAUAACCAACCCAAGAUAGAUGACAGACUGUCAUUUCCAAUGAGCAAAUUAAUCAUAGUGGGCAGAACAAGCAAGGAGGUGAGCGGAGCCAAGCACGAGCUAGCGAGAUCCUACUGGCGUGUUGUAGCUUGUAUUUGCAUCUUUCCGUUAGGGAAAGCCUAUUCUGUGAAGUGCAGGUGUGCAAUAACUCUGCAAAAUUUAGCCCACUCUGUUCUUAACAAAUUCUAGUUUUGGGAACAGAGAACUGUAUUGAGAUCAAAUGUUUCAUCAAUGAGAAAAUUAGCAGAAUGUUGGUCAAAAUCCCUCUCCCACAGCCCACAUUUGGUGUUGAGUGGAAACGCCAACCUGAUGCUUCAGGCUCAUUGUUCUAUCUGUGGCUAAGCUUUUACUAAAACAAUCUGCUAGAGAAUAGACAACGCUCAGCACAGAGCAAUGUUGUAUACGGUAAGGCUGGGUCAGUGUGGUGAGUGGAUUAUAAACUGCCUGUGUUUUAACAUCAGGCCCCAUCAUGUCCAGCUCGCUCCUAUGGGCAGUGGACGUGUACGGGAAGGUGUACAGCCUAUCCACCACCAGAGGGCGCUGGGAGCGUGACGAGGACACCCUCCUGGAGCUAAAGCGCAUUACCGCUGGACAGAGGUGCAGCUGGGGAAUUGGCUGCGACCACCAUGUUUACCUCAAUAUCGACCCUGGGGAGGUGCCCAUUCGCUAUCGGGAGGAAACCUAUGAGAACCAGGUAUUGUGAUCAUGCCAUCUCACCUCUGCCAACAUUGAUUUAUUUAAAAAUGUCUGUUCGUGCGUGCCUGCAUAUGCACAUGCAUGCUUAGUGUCUGUGUGUUCAAUUGUACCUUACAACACUGUUUGUGUGGUUUCAGAGGUGGAACCCAGUGGAUGGCUUCACUGACGUGCUGCUGCCCACCGACCGCUGGGCCUGGAGUGACCUCACAGGGGUGACCGCCCAGCCACUGCACAGCUUCCAUUUGCCCUCAGACAGCUGGGAGUGGGAGGGGGAUUGGUACGUGGACCAGGUCUGCGCUGGAGGAGACCCUACUGAGACCGGGGUGAGAGACUGGAAGUUGGAACACCAACUAUUGCACAGAAGUCUGGUGUAGCAGGCUUUGAGGUGCUCAAUAAAUCUAUGGAGUGCAUCUCAAAUGGUACCCUAUUCCCUAGUGCACUACUUUUGACCAGAGCCCUAUAGGUCCUGCUCAAAAGUAGUGCACUAUAAAGCCUUGGAGACAUCAAACAAACUGCUGUUGAUCAAGACGAGCCAACUGCUGACCUCUGAACUCUUUCACUUGUCAGCUUAAUUGUGUGUGUUUGUAUGUGUGUGCGUGCAUCUGUGUAUUUAGGGCUGGGAGUAUGCAGUGGACUUUCCUGCUAACUUCUCCAGAGAGAAGAAGUGGAACUCGUGUGUUUGUCGUAGGCGAUGGAUUAGAGACAGGAGAUACAAAGCCAGAGGCUCUUGGACCAAGGUACAGUAUGUAGGCCCACACAUGACUUGAUUUGGUCCUCUUGACGUAAUUGUGAGCAUAUGUCGUCUACCAUGACUCCCCACCUCAUUCGUUUCUGUGUGAGAUCUUUUUCCGAGCCUGGUCUAUUUAUCUUGCCAACUCACGUGUGACAAUUACCAUAUAAUUUGUCUGACUGCACAAACAGAUCUAGGACCAGGCUAGGAGAUCCCCACUGAAGGCUACAUGCACCCCUGUAGGUAUUACAAUACCUCCAGUGAAUAUAUCCUCGUUUUAACAGCUCCUCUCCUGACUGUACCUCCUCCUCAGAUCCCCUUGGACCACCCCAAGCGGCCCCCUCUCCCCCUCAGUGACAUCAGCUGUGGAGGUUGGGAGAUGAGCGACCAACCCGGGCGAUAUCACUUCCUGUGGGGUGUGUCCCAACAAGGACAGGUCAGUAUGGCGGAUCCACCACAGGUUCUUCUGCUAUGAUGUUUCUUGUGUCUUAAUUCACCUGCAUACAAACAGAUUCUUCACACACAAUGACAAUACCUUUCAAAUGUAAUGUUGUUCACCUUCAUGUUUUGUACAAACUCGCACACUCCAGGCCUGCAUAUCUUAAUGAUGACAAUGACAACCUAAACCCAUAAUAACAUAGAGCCUCAAAGUGUUGGCAACUUGGUGCGGUGUAAAAUACAGCACACUAGAGGCCUCCCGGGUGGCGCAGCGGUCUAAGGCUCUGCAUCACAGUGCUUGAGGCGUCAAUACAGACCCAGGUUCGAUCCCAGGCCGCGACCGGGAGACCCAUGAGGCGGCACACAAUUGGCUCAGCGUCGUCCGGGUUAGGGGAGGGUUUGGCCGAACGGGAUGUCCUUGUCAUUGGUGCGGCUGGCUUCCGGGUUAAGCGAGCAGUGUGUCAAGAAGCUGUGCGGCUUGGUAGGGUCUUGUUUCGGGGGAUGCAUGGCACUCGACCUUCGGGAGUUGCAGCGACAAGACUGUAACUACCAAUUGGAUAUCACGAAAAAGGGGUAAUAAAAAACAAUAAUAUGAAUACAGCACACUAGAUCAUUGUGCAGUUCAAACAUUUGGCCACUAGAGAGCAGCAUUACUCCAUCAUUGUUAUUGCGUAGGGGUCUUAGACUGUUCUUCCUCUUUACAUCCAGUCUUGAUCUGCUAUUCCAGGAAUCUCUCAGCAUACCAUCCUCUAUAGGGAUAAUAUGUGAAUAUAUCUUCCAUUUACACCACUAUAAAUAUAAUGGACUGAGGUCAACGUCACUUACUUCAGUGAAUGUGAAACUCUCAAGGCAGCGGUUUUCAAAGUUUGUCAUGUGAGGUGCCUAUAUGUGAAUGCUUUGCAUUCCUACCUUCACUAAAUGUUAUGUUUCAGUCAUCUUUUUAAUUGACUGAUGUGAAGAUCACAUCAAAUUAUAAUGAAAGUCUGCACACACAUUAACUGAACUUAAUUUUCAUUUCAACCAGAAUGUCUUCUAACUCUUGCAACCCUUAAGAGUUGUGAGUUAACGCAAGUCUUGAGUGGUGAUGUGGACACACACACACAAUAGUGUGAUAAUCAAGAACAGUUGCGAGACGGACCAUGGUGGUGUUGCCUCCUCUCUCUCCUCAGGUGUGGUUCAGGAGUGGCAUCCUGCCGCAAGUCCCAGAGGGCCAGUGCUGGGAGGAGGUGGAGGCCCCCCGGGAGGUGGCCCAGAUCUCUGCCGGACCAGGGGACUUGCUCUGGGCUGUACUCUGGGACGGACAGCUACUGGUCCGCACAGGCAUCUGCCUGGACAGUCCUACAGGUAUGGGGUGAUAUUUGGUUCACACAACCAUCUGAUAGUAUACUGAUGAUAUAUUUGGUAAUGUGUAAGGGAUCAUGUAGACAACGACUUGUAUGUGGUACCAGAGUUAGAUGUGAAGCUAGGUUAAUUAUUUUGUCCUAUACGGCAGGUUUAUUCUAAAAACAUUGGUAGUACUACAGAGAUUGGCAAACCAUGCUUCACAAGCUUUUGACUUAGUUACAGAGGACCUUGUUAGGCCAACUUUCUUUUUGUUACGUCUUUGUAUUGAUUUUACACAAACAAUUACCGUACAAAUAGUUUUUCUACUACCCUAUCAGGUUCUUCCUGGGUGGUGGUGGAUUCUCCCCCAGUAAAGGAGGGCGGAGCCAUCCAUGUUGGUGUGGGGGUCAGCGUGGUGUGGGCCAUCACUAAGGACUACAAAGUGAGACUACAUCCACCCCUUCCUGAACUUGUCUCCUGACCAGGAAGGACUCUGGACCCUAGUUGUAGUCUGUAGAGCAGUACAGUAGCCUACCCUACAGAGCAGAUCUAUAGUGAGUGUGUGUGUGUGUGUGUGUCCAGGUGUGGUUUCGGCGGGGGGUGAACUCCCAUAACCCCUGUGGCUCAGGAUGGAUCAGCAUCGGAGGGGAGAUGAUGAUGGUGGAUGUGGGACUCAAUGACCAGGUGAGACAACACCAAGGAUUUACAGUGGAAGUCGGAAGUUUACAUACAGUCGUGGUCAAAAGUUUUGAGAAUGACACAAGUAUUGGUCUUCACAAAGUUUGCUGCUUCAGUGUUAUGAGAUAUUUUUGUCAAAUGUUACUAUGGUAUAAUUACAAGCAUUCCAUAAGUGUCAAAGGCUUUUAUUGACAAUUACAUUAAGUUUAUGCAAAUAGUCAAUAUUUGCAGUGGUGACCCUUCUUUUUCAUGACCUCUGCAAUCUGCCCUGGCAUGCUGUCAAUUAACUUCUGGGCCACAUCCUGACUGAUGGCAGCCCAUUCUUGCAUAAUCAAUGCUUGGAGUUUGUCAGAAUUUGUGGGUUUUUGUUUGUCCACCCGCCUCUUGAGGAUCGACCACAAGUUCUCAAUGGGAUUAAGGUCUGGGGAGUUUCCUGGCCAUGGACCCAAAAUGUCGAUGUUUUAUUCCCGAGCCACUUAGUUAUCACUUUUGCCUUAUGGCAAGGUGCACCAUCAUGGUGGAAAAGGCAUUGGUCGUCACCAAACUGUUCUUGGAUGGUUGGGAGAAGUUGCUCUUGGAGGAUGUGUUGGUACAAUUCUUUAUUCAUGGCUGUGUUCUUAGGCAAAAUUGUGAGUGAUCCCACGCCCUUGGCUGAGAAGCAACCCCACACAUGAAUGGUCUCAGGAUGCUUUACUGUUGGCAUGACACAGGACUGAUGGUAGCGCUCACCUUGUCUUCUCCGGACAAGGUGUUUUCCGGAUGCCCCAAACAAUCGGAAAGGGGAUUCAUCAGAGAAAAUGACUUUACCCCAGUCCUCAGCAGUCCAAUCCCUGUACCCUUUGCAGAAUAUCAGUCUGUCCCUGAUGUUUUUCCUGGAGAGAAGUGGCUUCUUUCCGGCCCUUCUUGACACCAGGUCAUCCUCCAAAAGUCUUUGCCUCACUGUGCGUGCAGAUGCACUCACACCUGCCUGCUGCCAUUCCUGAGCAAGCUCUGUACUGGUGGUGCCCCGAUCCCGCAGCUGAAUCAACUUUAGGAGACGGUCCUGGCGCUUGCUGGACUUUCUUGGAGGCCCUGACGCCUUCUUCACAACAAUUGAACCGCUCUCCUUGAAGUUCUUGAUGAUCCGAUAAAUGGUUGAUUUAGGUGCAAUCUUACUAGCAGCAAUAUCAUUGCCUGUGAAGCCCUUUUUGUGCAAAGCAAUGAUGACGGCACAUGUUUCCUUGCAGGUAACCAUGGUUAACAGAGGAAGAACAAUGAUUUCAAUCACCACCCUCCGUUUAAAGCUUCCAGUCUGUUAUUCUAACUCAAUCAGCAUGACAGAGUGAUCUCCAGCCUUGUCCUUGUCAACACUCUCACCUGUGUUAACGAGAUAAUCACUGACAUGAUGUCAGCUAGUCCUUUUGUGGCAGGGCUGAAAUGCAGUGGAAAUGUUUUUUUGGGAUUAAGUUCAUUUUCAUGGCAAAGAAGGAUUUUGCAAUUAAUUGAAAUUCGUCUGAUCACUCUUCAUGACAUUCUGGAGUAUAUGCAAAUUUCCAUCAUCAAAACUGAGGCAGCAGACUUUGAAAAUUAGUAUUUGUGUCAUUCUCAAAACUUUUGACCACGACUGUACACCUUAGCCAAAUACAUUUAAACUCAGUUUUUCACAAUUCCUGACAUUUAAUCCUAGUAAAAAUGCCCUGUCUUAGGUCAGUUAGGAUCACCACUUUAUUUUAAGAAUAUGAAAUGUCAGAAUAAUAGUAGAGAAUGAUUUAUUUCAGCUUUUAUUUCUUUCAUCACAUUCCCAGUGGGUCAGAAGUUUACAUACACUCAAUUAGUAUUUGGUAGCAUUGCCUUUAAAUUGUUUAACUUGGGUCAAACGUUUCCGGUAGCCUUCCACAAGCUUCCCACAAUAAGUUGGGUGAAUGUUGGCCCAUUCCUCCUGACAGAGCUGGUGUAACUGAGUCAGGUCUGUAGGCCUCCUUGCUCGCACACGCUUUUUCAGUUCUGCCCACACAUUUUCUAUAGGAUUGAGGUCAGGGCUUUGUGAUGGCCACUCCAAUACCUUGACUUUGUUGUCCUUAAGCCAUUUUGCCACAACUUUGGAAGUAUGCUUGGGGUCAUUGUCCAUUUGGAAGACCCAUUUGCGACCAAGCUUUAACUUCCUGACUGAUGUCUUGAGAUGUUGCUUCAAUAUAUCCACAUCAUUUUCCUUCCUCAUGAUGCCAUCUAUUUUGUGAAGUGCACCAGUCCCUCCUGCAGCAAAGCACCCCCACAGCAUGAUGCUGCCACCCCCAUGCUUCACGGUUGGGAUGGUGUUCUUCGGCUUGCAAGCACCCCCCUUUUUCCUCCAAACAUAACGAUAGUCAUACAGUUCUAUUUUUGUUUCAUCAGACCAGAGGACAUUUCUCCAAAAAGUAUGAUCUUUGUCCCCAUGUGCAGUUGCAAACUGUAGUCUGGCUUUUCUAAGGCGGUUUUGCAGCAGUGGCUUCUUCCUUGCUGAGUGGCCUUUCAGGUUAUGUCGAUAUAGGACUUGUUUUACUGUGGAUUUAGAUACUUUUGUACCUGUUUCCUCCAGGAUCUUCACAAGGUCCUUUGCUGUUGUUCUGGGAUUGAUUUGCACUUUUCGCACCAAAGUACGUUCAUCUCUAGGAGACAGAACAUGUCUCCUUCCUGAGCGGUAUGACGGCUGCGGGGUCCCAUGGUGUUUAUACUAUUGUACUAUUGUUUGUACAGGUGAACGUGGUACCUUCAGGCAUUUGGAAAUUGCUCCCAAGGAUGAACCAGACUUGUGGAGGUCUACAAUUUUUUGGGAUGUAGGUAGGCCUUGAAAUACAUCCACAGGUACACCUCCAACUGACUCAAAUGAUGACAAUUAGUCUAUCAGAAGCUUCUAAAGCCAUGACAUAAUUUUCUGGAAUUUUCCAAGCUGUUUAAAGGCACAGUCAACUUAGUGUAUGUAAAUUUCUAACCCACUGGAAUUGUGAUACAGUGAAAUAAUCUGUCUGGAAACAAUUGCUGGAAAAAUUAUUUGUGUCAUGCACAAAGUAGAUGUCCUAACCGACUUGCCAAAACUAUAGUUUGUUAACAAGAAAUUUGUGGAGUGGUUGAAAAAUGAGUUUUAAUGACUCCAACCUAAGUGUAUGUAAACUUCUGACUUCAACUGUAUAUACACUAGAUGACUGAUAUGGGGUGCUGUGUUGAAGCCACCUUGCCUCCAUUUUGACACUCCCCCACCAUUGUAAACAUAUAUUUUGGAAGGUAUAGAAAUGCAUUUAUUAAUGUUUACAUUUGUUUUUGCCACCUUAUUCUAUUAAAGACACCUUAAUGCAUACUUUAAAAAAUAUAUAUUAUGCAAGCUAAAAAUAUAUAAAAACAUUUCCCCUUAAAGUAACAUUUUUUGAGAUUACUAAUGUUACUUACAAAAAAUACUUUAAAUACUUGUAAUUUUGUCCUUGAAACCUUUAAUUGAACUGUAGAAUUCCAUUCAUUCCUAUGAAGCACUGCUCCUACUGGGGAGUGCCAAUAUGGCCGACCGGUGGCUUCAAAUCCUCUCAAUGGCCAAUACAUAGGAUCUGCAAUCCAGGGUUUAUAUACAUCAUUUGACAACACACAUCAGGACACUUUUUUUCCCGGAUAUAUUUACAUAGGUAGAUUUGUAAUGAUCAGUAUCUUGUCGUUGUCAUAUUUUCUAAGACUUGAUGGUUCUCCUCUCUUAAUGGAGAGUGCUGGUUAGAACCUUAGAAGAGAUGUGUGUGUUUGGCGGGUGGCUCUCAUCCUCUGUGACAACCAAGUUCUGAUUACAUGGCCAUUCUCUCAUGUCUGUUUGACGAUUUAAGCUUAAUUAGAUCCUGCACACAUACCAUUCAACCCCCAGUCUGCCCCUUCACCUCCUCCCCCCCCCCCCCCCCUCUUCCCUAGCCCAGGUUCUGGCAUUCCCAGUCUUGACCGAUUCACAUUUCCCUGGUGGUGUAUUUCUGUACAGGGCUGGGGCUGGGCUGGAGUUGAAGUCAGGGUGGAGGUUGAAGGGGCUGCUGGCUCUGUUUCCCUCUGCUGAGUCUAAGAGAGGAGUUGCUAGUACUGCCAACUCUCCCCUCUGCCCUCCUCUCUCUCCUCCUGUCUCCCUUCUCUCUCCUCUCCUCCUACCCCCUCCUCUCCUACCCCCUCCUCUCCUGUCUCCACCCGCUCCUCUCCUGUCUCCCCUCUCCUCUCAUUUCCAGCCUCCCCUCUCCUCCUCCUGUCUCUCUCUUGUCUCCCCUCUCCUAGGCUUGGGUGGUAUCCAGAUUGUCAUACCUUCAUACUGACCUUGUGUCAUAUCGGGUCGCUAUUCACAAACCCCAGUGAACCUUUGUAAUCCAAAGGUUAGCAAUGCUAAUAAGUACAUGUAAAAUCCCAUAGAGAAUGCUAACGAGCGCAUUGCAAAAAAUUGUAUAGUCUCUGACCUAAAGUAUUUGCAGGACAGACAUCCCAGCUCAAAGUUAUACAAGUAACAAAAAAAUGCUACUCACAGUUUGUUGUACGCACAUAACAAAUAUUAGACAGCAAGGCUCUUGAUCCAGGAGGGGAUUCUCUGCUGUUACCAAGCUAAGCUUGAUUUUGGAAGAAGCUAACCACUUAGCUAGAUAGCUAACUACUAAAUUAGAAAACCAAAUGUACAACAGCAGAGCAUUUAGCACAGUGGUCACCAACCAGUAGAUCGCGAUCGACUGGUCGAUCUCCAAGGCAUUCCUAGUCGAUCACCAAACAUUUCUGUAAAAAAGCCAACGAUAAAGCCUUGUGUUCCUAUUUUUUUUAUUUGUUUCACGCUGUUGGCGGAAGGUGCACUUCAUUCAGCAACCCUAGCUCCGGGAAGGCAAAGUGUUCCCAUUUUGAACCAUUUCAUGUGUCUGAAGGUAGAACUCUGCCUACCCGGCAGGCCCAGAGGGCAAAUCAAGUGCACUUAUUGGCCCACCGCUGGCCAAUCAGAUAUCUCAGAUCACUGUGUCUGCACAGUUUUCUUCGCGCCAUAGACUGUAAAAAGAAGCCUCGAACGCACAGCAAAGUUGCUACAGUGAGAUUUCAAAAACGUUUAAAACGAUGACUAGAGAGAGACUCAACGAAUACAGCAAAGAGCUGCUGUUUUCAUGAGUAAGUUCAUGUUUAAGUUGUUACUCAGCACUGUCAACACUUUGCUCAUUUUAUGGCUUAUAAAAGUGUUGAGCAUUCUCCCUACUUCCACUCACGCUACAACCAGCACUGCAACUGCAAUGAAUGAGUAUAGCAAAGUGUUCCGAUAAGCUUGCGUUGUUAUUAUUAGCGGCCUGUGUUUUUUUAAUAUCAAUUAAUAUUUCACUUUCUCUGGUCAUAAGAGUAACAACAAAUUGGUGCAUGAGGCAGAAAUAAUGCAAUGCGACUUAAGUUUCGCCAUCAGCUGGAAGACUGUGUCCCCUUUUCUCAGCGGAGUGAGGGAGAGCGGAGGCACCGUGAGUCGGGUGAGAGGCAGCCUCACCGCUGCUCCAUCCUCUCAGACUGACCGUCAGAUGCAGGCCAGUAAAAAAAGAUAAUUUCAAAAUGGUCUGAGAAGAACAACAUUGGCAGGACAAGUCAAGCAUAAGCAGUGAUAAUGUAUUGAGCCUAUAGCCUACUGCACAAACCUCAUUGCUACAGAACUGUUUAUAAUUGGUUAAUGUUGCAUAGGCUUAUGUUUUUAAGUCAUGUUUUAAAAAUAAAAUCUGAGCAGUACAUCUCUGCUUGCAUUUUGACUCAGUGACCUUAACUCAGAAAAGGUUGGUGACCACUGAUUUAGCACAUUUUAGACGGUUAACUUAAUAGUUAUAAGAUAUCUAGCUGGCAAACAUUUAGUUGUAAAUUCCAUACAUACUGUAACUAGAUCACCUGGUUCGUGCUGCACAAUAGUGAAUAACUCACAAGGCUCCGGUCUCUGGUCGUUGUGCUUGUAAACAAACAACACAUGACUGGGAACUACCAGUAAGCUUCAUAAUGAAACAUUCUGUGACAUUAUGUGAAAUGAAAAAUGCGAUCUUCUUUAGCUCCUAACGUAUUGCACCAUUUGACUGCAAAUACCCCGGUAUAUACGGUAUACCGCCCAAGCCUACCCUCUCCUCUUAUGUCUCCCUUCUCCUACUCCCUCCUCUCCUGUCUCCCUUCUCCCUUCUCCUACUCCCUCCUCUCCUGUCUCUCUCUUGCCUCCCCUCUCCUCCCCCUCCUCUUCUUCCUCCCCUGUCUCCCCUCCCCUCCUCUCCUGUCUCUCUCCUGUCUCCCCUCCCAUCCUGUCUCUCUCCUGUCUCUCUCCUGUCUCCCCUCCCCUCCUCUCCUGUCUCUCUCCUCCCCCCUCUCUCUGAAACAGGAGCCUGUCUCUCCGCUACACUAACCACUAGUCACUGUCAGCAGCGGCCCCAGCCCAGCCUUAUAUAUCCUUGGCCUAUAUUCUGAGUGCCAUAUGGGACACUCGCUAAUUUGAGUAGGGCAAUACAUCAUAGCCCAUAUUUCAGUCAUGUCCCAGAGUUAUGGAUGCCACUUGUAUUAGAUGACACUAGGGUUAAAUGGCCUUUUAAAGUAGCACUUGACAGCAGCCAUUCGGGUCGGUCUAUAUUGGUUUUUACUGUAUCCAUAUUGUAUUUUGACUCUAUCAUAUUGUAUUUUUACUGGUGCCGUAUUAUAUUUUUACUGUAGCCGUAUUGUCACUGUAGCCAUAUUGUAUUUUUACUGUAUCGUGUUUAUCUGUUCUCUGGCAUAUGUCCAACCUGACGUUCAGACCCCUAGAGUGUAUUGACGCAUCGUUGCGUCAAUCGAAGUAAAACAAUUUUUAAAAAUCCCCCAUCAAAAUCUGUCAGUUUAAGCAAGAGAUAUUUGCAUGUGCUGUGUCUCAAUCCACCGCAUCCUGUCGCCCUUCCGCAUUUGUGGUGGAAAGUGGCAGAGCUACAGCGCUGUUUGUCAGACCAGGAGACAUCCUGUAAAUCUGUCUUCUCAAGAAAAUGUCUGUAGCAUCCGAACGGUUUGGCCUAUAAACUAAUAUCACCACUCUAUAGAAAUGGGAGACUCUCACGAACACGAUGGUGUCACGGGUCUCGUCUAAAGGUAACCCAUACAAAUGAAUGGAAGUAUGGAGGUAGUUUUGUGCCAACAAAAAUAAAAAAAUUAAGAAUUUAUAUAUAGUCCAGCCACAGUGGGGGGUGUGAUGUUUAGGAUAACACUUUAUGUUUAUGAAUAAGCCAUUAUAAAUGUUCAUAAAUGCUUCAUUAAUUAAGGUGUGGGGAGUUGGAGAGGACCGUGGGCUGUACUUCAGGAAGGGUGUCACCCCAUCGGAGCCCAGUGGGAGGGGCUGGAUACCUGUUUCUGCCAAAUGGGGUCAUAGCAAAGAGAUGGUCCAACCCAGGUCAGUUACAUGUGGAGUACACAGAGAGAAUACUCAAUUUCCAGUGUUUUUGCAUUGUAUUAGAUAGUUGUAUAGUGUAUUGAUUGCAUGUAUUUUGUAUGGUGACAUCACAAAAUGUAUUUCCAUGUAAAUGGGCAUAUCGUAUUGUAAAUACCUGGACACUCCUUCAAUUUCAUAAACAGACAUGCAUUUCAAUGCAAUAUACAAUGGUGGUGGUUAGACCAGCUAGAUGGUCCAUAUUGGGUGGACCAGAAUGUUUGGGUGGUGAUUAGGUGUCUAUGUGAUAUGUUUAGUAAGUGGUCAGAUUCUCAUCCAACCAACAUUCAGUGUGUAUAUCAGGGAUCAUCAACUGAAUUUUUAUAUUUUUAAUAUUUAAUAAUUUUUUUGAGCGGAUGGUCGGGGGGCUGGAACAUAAUUACAAAUCAUUUGUAGACGGCAAAUUGACCGCAAGAAGCUCAAACCGAUAUAAUGUUUGACUAAAGCAUAAUAAUUUCAAACCUUGCUUACAUUUCUAUAUGAUCACGUUUCUCUCUAUUAUGCGAGGGAAUACUUAGGAACCGAUUUCUUCAAUUAAAAUCCCUUGGAGUUGAUUUCCUGGUAUUUUGUCUCUGUCAAACAAAAAAUUAAAUAAUAAUAAUAUUUAUUCUCAGAACUUGGGGAGCCAAAUAAAACCACCCGCAGGCCGCCAGUUGGGGAACGCUGGUGUAUAUGUUCCUAGGACUACAUUUAGGCUUAACAAUUACUGUAUAGAAGAUAGAGAUGCAGUUUUAUUUUGAUAGUUGUCUGUCAUGUUACCAACUGAUUUACUGAACUCUUUGGCUGUCACAAACAUACUGUAUGUGUGUCUUUAAGUGGCAUAUUUAUACACAUAAUAUGAGUGUCCUUAUGUAGUUUUUCCUCUGCUUUGUCUCGGUUGUCCAGUGCUGGCUAUGAGUUCGGGGGACAGGUGACCAAGGCUUCCCAGGGCUCUGUUCUGACCUGCGAGGACUCAGGGGACACAGAGCCCCUCCUCACCGCCACCCCAGGGCCACGGGACACCCCCAAACCCUUCAUCCCCACCAGCGAAAGCUUUAUCUCCAGCCUGGUGGCUGACCGCGAGCCCCUGAGAACCCCCACACCCACACCCAAAAAGCCACCCCAGGGGAAGGACGGCGAGGUCACCCCAGCCCCCAUGUGCAAUGUGGACCUGGAGGCAGCUCAGAGCCCCCAGGGAGAGGCAUCUUCUCUAGGCAGGGCAGGGGAUGUGGGACCCUCCACCUCGGUGGCCACCUACCCCCUGGGUCUGGAGCCCUCUCUGGGUUUGGGGGAGGAGGACGGGCCAGUAUGGGCCUGGAUCUCUGGCGGAGGCUGCGAUGUGGACCAUACAGCUCAGAUGAGCUGGCUCAGCCCUGCAGGUACGGAGGAACACUCACCAGCCUCACCAUUUUCAGACUACUACCUAAGGCAUGUAGUGCACAGAGUCUCACUGCUGAUAGGUACUUAUCACAGUGGGAGGCCGUUCCUUCUCUUGCUAGAACAAAAGCUGUACCUGCUGCAUGCUGACCUGGUAGUGACGAACCUACCAAUUCUACCUGUAGAAUCGCAAUGCUCGUCAGUGGCCAACAACUUGGCUUUGAGCCAAUCAGAGAGCACGAACCCCCACGUGGGGGAGCCAACAACAAAAAAAUUAAAAAAUAAGGCAUUUUCUCUGUACAUCCAUGGAUGAGCCGCUAGCUGACUAGUGGUGGCUAUUCAGCGUGAUAAAUGUCUAAAACCGGCAAUGUUUUGUAGGAGCUUGUUUCUUCAUCAUCUUGCUAGGUAGUUAUCUAGCUGUGGCCUUAUCUAGCUGUGGCCAUCUGGCUAGUAUCAUCGAGGGCGUUCUACAAAAUAGCAACAUUAGGGCAGAUGGCUUGGAAUGUAGACCAUAAACAAUACACACAGAUAUGCAUUGCCAAACAAUGCUACUGCCACCCCCUGGUUAGGAGUAUUUUAACAAGGCUGAGUGGCUGGCGACUUCCAAGGUCUGCUGUGUGAACACUAAAAGAGUUUGACUGCCGACACUGUUCAGAGGCAAACGUUUAACAAUGCUACCGGUGUGUCUGAGCUUUAACUUUACUGAACUAAUUAAACAGGCUAUUUCUAGUACCUGGAGUUUUUCCUGGUGGGGUCACACGGUUAGGGAAAAAUCAUUGUCCUGAUAUCUCUAUCAAACUCUUUUAUAAUUUGUAUAUGCUGUCUGUUAUCUAACUGUGUGUGCACCAGACCCAUGCUCCACUGCCCUGUCCAUCGCCCCUGUUGAACCAGAAGCCUCCACGGCUAGGAAGGCAGAGAACACCUCCACCAGCAAGGAGCCAGUGGAGAGGAGCGCGGUAAGAUUAACACACACAAUACAAGCUAGUUUCACUUUCUCAGGUUUAGUCUUGUGACAGACUCUUAAUAGUUUAACGUCACUGAUUAUUUUUAUGAAUCAUGAUUUUGCUGAGGGGGUGCUAGAAGUAGGGAUCGUGAUUUUAAAUGGAGAGUUGUCUAAUAGACACUGUGUACGGGUCAGUCUGUGUGGGUGAGGAAGGGCAGCAUGCGCUGGUGGAGGGACUGGAAGCCCUAUCGCUGGGUGGAUGUGGGCGUGGCCCUGGAGCAAUCCACCAACGGCAACGGCAAGAGGGAUGCCAUCUUCUUCAUCUACUUCACCCAGUAUGAUGAGAAGAAGGUGAGGGAGACUCAAUCACACUCAAAUUCCUUAAACUUCCAUCCUUCCUUCCUUCCUUCCUUUCUUCCUUGAAGUAAUCACUGAUUAGAAAUCAUUUACCUGUCCAAUCAGGAAUUUGAACGGGCCAAUGUCUUUCUCACGUACAGAAUCGAAUGAGUAGACACCUACUACUCAUAAUGUACCGCUAUGCUACUGUACUGCUUUGAAUUGUUCAAUCAUCUACAUUUCUAGAUUGGUUGUCACAUCUCCCUCUCGCCCUCUGUUUCUCUAUCUUUCUCAGUACCUCCAUGUGUUUAUAAGUGACGUGACGGUGCUGGUUCCUGUGCUCAGGGAAAACUCCCAUCAUGCCUUUGCGGUGUACACGUCAGAUAGUACGAAACAAAGAUGGCCGCUGGUCCUGGCUGCACAAACCGAGAAGGACAUGGCUGACUGGGUAGGUCUGGGUUGGCCUCCAUUCAGAUAGAAACAGCAUAUCUAAUGUUUUGAAUAGAGAAUGGAUAGAUAUUGUAAUGCCCAUUUUUGGGGGGGACCUACAUUUUAAAAAUCCAAAUUCGGCACAGGUUACAACAGCCCUCAAGUUAACUUCCCAAUUAAAGUAGCCUUGCCAGAGAUAAGAGUUUAGGGAUUUGUCCCAAAUGGCACCCUAUGUGCCCUGGUCAGAAGUAUUGCACUACAGUUGAAGUCGGAAGUUUACAUACACUUAGGUUGGAGUCAUUAAAACUCAUUUUUCAACCACUCCACACAUUUCUUGUUAACAAACUACUUUGUGCAUGACACAAGUAAUUUUUCCAACAAUUGUUUCCAGACAGAUUAUUUCACUUAUAAUUCACUGUAUCACAAUUCCAGUGGGUUAGAAGUUUACAUACACUAAGUUGACUGUGACUUUAAACAGCUUGGAAAAUUCCAGAAAAUGAUGUCAUGGCUUUAGAAGCUUCUGAUAGACUAAUUGUUAUCAUUUGAGUCAGUUGGAGGUGUACCUGUGGGUGUAUUUCAAGGCCUACCUUCAAACUCAGUGCCUCUUUGCUUGACAUCAUGGGAAAAUCAAAAGAAACCAGCCAAGACCUCAAAAAAAUAAUUGUAGACCUCCACAAGUCUGGUCUAUCCUUGGGAGCAAUUUCCAAAUGCCUGAAGGUACCACGUUCAUCUGUACAAACAAUAGUACGCAAGUAUAAACACCAUGGGACCACGCAGCCGUCAUACCGCUCAGGAAGGAGACGCGUUCUGUCUCCUAGAGAUGAACGUACUUUGGUGCGAAAAGUGUAAAUAAAUCCCAGAACAACAGCAAAGGACCUUGUGAAGAUGCUGGAGGAAACAGGUACAAAAGUGUCUAUAUCCACAGACACGAGUCCUAUAUCGACAUAACCUGAAAGGCCGCUCAGCAAGGAAGAAGCCACUGCUCCAAAACCGCCAUAGAAAAGCCAGACUACAGUUUGCAACUGAACAUGGGGACAAAGAUCGUUUCUUUUGGAGAAAUAUCCUGUGGUCUGAUUAAACAAAAAUAGAACUGUUUGGCCAUAAUGACCAUCGUUAUGUUUUGGAGGAAAAAGGGGUGCUUGCAAACCGAAGAACACAUUUACAUUUACAUUUUAGUCAUUUAGCAGACGCUCUUAUCCAGAGCGACUUACAGUUAGUGCAUACAUUAUUUUAUCGAACCCACAACCCUGGCGUUGCAAACGCCAUGCUCUACCAACUGAGCUACAUCCCCUGCCGGCCAAAUCCCUCCCCUACCCUGGACGACGCUGGGCCAAUUGUGCGCGCCGCCCCACCAUCCCAACCGUGAAGCACGGGGGUGGCAGCAUCAUGCUGUGGGGGUGCUUUGCUGCAGGAGGGACUGGUGCACUUCACAAAAUAGAUGGCAUCAUGGGGAAGGAAAAUGAUGUGGAUAUAUUGAAGCAACAUCUCAAGACAUCAGUCAGGAAGUUAAUGCUUGGUCGCAAAUGGGUCUUCCAAAUGGACAAUGACCCCAAGCAUACUUCCAAAGUUGUGGCAAAAUGGCUUAAGGACAACAAAGUCAAGGUAUUGGAGUGGCCAUCACAAAGCCCUGACCUCAAUCCUAUAGAACAUUUGUGGGCAGAACUGAAAAAGCGUGUGCGAGCAAGGAGGCCUACAAACCUGACUCGGUUACACCAGCUCUGUCAGGAGGAAUGGGCCAAAAUUCACCCAACUUAUUGUGGGAAGCUUGUGGAAGGCCACCCGAAACGUUUGACCCAAGUUAAACAAUUUAAAGGCAAUGCUACCAAAUACUAAUUGAGUGUAUGUAAACUUCUGACCCACUGGGAAUGUGAUUAAAAAAUAAAAGCUGAAAUAAAUCAUUCUCUACUAUUAUUCUGACAUUUCACAUUCUUAAAAUAAGGUGGUGAUCCUAACUGAACUAAGACAGGGAAUUUAUACUAGGAUUAAAUGUCAGGAAUUGUGACAAACUGAGUUUAAAUGUAUUUGGCUAAGGUGUAUGUAAACUUCCGACUUCAACUGUACAUAGGGAAUAGGGUGCCAUGUGGGGCGCUGCCACAGUACUUAUCAUAAGAGAGGAUACCAGAUACUCUCUAGAAAGUUUAUAUGUUUCAAUGUUGUCCAAUUGCUGUGUAAAGCCUUCAUACCUAAAACCACUGAGUAAAUGUAGUCCAGUAUUAUUACUGUUAUCCAUCCGGACUGUACCAUUGGCCAUAUCGCUGAAGGGGUGUCUGUGUUUCCUAUGCAGCUGUCCCUGUUGGCUGGGUGCUGCUGUGAGGCCAGAGGGAUCAGCGGAACCCCCUCCCGACAAGCCCUGUGGUCAGUCACCUCCAAGGGGGACGUGAUGGUACAUGAGCCCUCUCCCUUUCUGGAGGCCCCGGCACACACCUUGCCCUGUGACAUGAUGUGAGCUUUACCUUUACCAACAUACCACACAUUGAGCUUGACCUUUUACCAACAUACCACACAUUGAGCAUUACCAACAUACCACAUAUUGAGCUUGACCUUUUACCAACAUAACACACAUUGAGCUUUACCAACAUACCACACAUUGAGCUUUACGUUUACCAACAUACCACACAUUGAGCUUUACCAACAUAUCAUACAUUGAGCUUUACCAACAUACCACACAUUGAGCUUUACCUUUACCAACAUACAGUGGGGGAAAAAAGUAUUUAGUCAGCCACCAAUUGUGCAAGUUCUCCCACUUAAAAAGAUGAGAGAGGCCUGUAAUUUUCAUCAUAGGUACACGUCAACUAUGACAGACAAAAUGAGAAAAAAAAUCCAGAAAAUCACAUUGUAGGAUUUUUUAUGAAUUUAUUUGCUAAUUAUGGUGGAAAAUAAGUCACCAUUUCUCAAUACUUUGUUAUAUACCCUUUGUUGGCAAUGACACAGGUCAAACGUUUUCUGUAAGUCUUCACAAGGUUUUCACACACUGUUGCUGUUAUUUUGGCCCAUUCCUCCAUGCAGAUCUCCUCUAGAGCAGUGAUGUUUUGGGGCUGUCGCUGGGCAACACGGACUUUCAACUCCCUCCAAAGAUUUUCUAUGGGGUUGAGAUCUGGAGACUGGCUAGGCCACUCCAGGACCUUGAAAUGCUUCUUACGAAGCCACUCCUUCGUUGCCCGGGCGGUGUGUUUGGGAUCAUUGUCAUGCUGAAAGACCCAGCCACGUUUCAUCUUCAAUGCCCUUGCUGAUGGAAGGAGGUUUUCACUCAAAAUCUCACGAUACAUGGCCCCAUUCAUUCUUUCCUUUACACGGAUCAGUCGUCCUGGUCCCUUUGCAGAAAAACAGCCCCAAAGCAUGAUGUUUCCACCCCCAUGCUUCACAGUAGGUAUGGUGUUCUUUGGAUGCAUCUCAGCAUUCUUUAUCCUCCAAACACGACGAGUUGAGUUUUUACCAAAAAGUUCUAUUUUGGUUUCAUCUGACCAUAUGACAUUCUCCCAAUCCUCUUCUGGAUCAUCCAAAUGCACUCUAGCAAACUUCAGACGGGCCUGGACAUGUACUGGCUUAAGCAGGGGGACACGUCUGGCACUGCAGGAUUUGAGUCCCUGGUGGCGUAGUGUGUUACUGAUGGUAGGCUUUGUUACUUUUGUCCCAGCUCUCUGCAGGUCAUUCACUAGGUCCCCCCGUGUGGUUCUGGGAUUUUUGCUCACCGUUCUUGUGAUCAUUUUGACCCCACGGGGUGAGAUCUUGCGUGGAGCCCCAGAUCGAGGGAGAUUAUCAGUGGUCUUGUAUGUCUUCCAUUUCCUAAUAAUUGCUCCCACAGUUGAUUUCUUCAAACCAAGCUGCUUACCUAUUGCAGAUUCAGUCUUCCCAGCCUGGUGCAGGUCUACAAUUUUGUUUCUGGUGUCCUUUGACAGCUCUUUGGUCUUGGCCAUAGUGGAGUUUGGAGUGUGACUGUUUGAGGUUGUGGACAGGUGUCUUUUAUACUGAUAACAAGUUCAAACAGGUGCCAUUAAUACAGGUAACGAGUGGAGGACAGAGGAGCCUCUUAAAGAAGAAGUUACAGGUCUGUGAGAGCCAGAAAUCUUGCUUGUUUGUAGGUGACCAAAUACUUAUUUUCCACCAUAAUUUGCAAAUAAAUUCAUAAAAAAUCCUACAAUGUGAUUUUCUGGAGAAAAAAAAUCUCAAUUUGUCUGUCAUAGUUGACGUGUACCUAUGAUGAAAAUUACAGGCCUCUCAUCUUUUUAAGUGGGAGAACUUGCACAAUUGGUGGCUGACUAAGUACUUUUUUUUCCCCACUGUAUCACACAUUGAGCUUUACCUUUACCAACAUAUCACAUAUUGAGCUUUACCAUUACCAACAUACCACACAUUGAGCUUUACCAACAUACCACACAUUGAGCUUUACCAACAUACCACACAUUGAGCUUUACCAACAUACCACACAUUGAGCUUUACCAACAUACCACACAUUGAGCUUUACCAGCAUACCAUACAUUGAGCUUUAGCUUUACCAACAUACCACACAUUGAGCUUUACCAACAUACCAUACAUUGAGCUUUAGCUUUACCAACAUACCACACAUUGAGCUUCAUCAACAUACCACACAUUGAGCUUUACCAGCAUACCAUACAUUGAGCUUUAGCUUUACCAACAUACCACACAUUGAGCUUUACCUUUACCAACAUACCACACAUUGAGCUUUACCAACAUACCACACAUUGAGCUUUACCAACAUACCAUACAUUGAGCUUUAGCUUUACCAGCAUACCACACAUUGAGCUUUACCUUUACCAACAUACCAUACAUUGAGCUUUACCUUUACCAACAUACCACACAUUGAGCUUUGCCAACAUACCACACAUUGAGCUUUACCAACAUACCACACAUUGAGCUUUGCCAGCAUACCAUACAUUGACCUUUAGCUUUACCAACAUACCAUACAUUGAGCUUUACCUUUACCAACAUACCACACAUUGAGCUUUACCAACAUACCACACAUUGAGCUUUACCUUUACCAACAUAUCACACAUUGAGCUUUACCUUUACCAACAUACCACACAUUGAGCUUUACCUUUACCAACAUAUCAUACAUUGAGCUUUACCCUUACCAACAUACCACACAUUGAGCUUUACCUUUACCAACAUAUCAUACAUUGAGCUUUACCUUUACCAACAUAUCAUACAUUGAGCUUUAGCUUUACCAACAUACCACACAUUGAGCUUUACCUUUACCAACAUACCACACAUUGAGCUUUACCAACAUACCACACAUUGAGCUUUACCUUUACCAACAUACCACACAUUGAGCUUUCCCAACAUAUCACGCACUGUUAUUACACACUGUAGCAUGUUCCUUCACUGCCUUGAAGCCAACCAACCAUGUACCCUUGUUCUUUUCUCUGUUCUUGCACUCAUAUAGCUAACAUGCUAACACUUGGGAUGUCCACUGUUGUUUGGCUAACAUAACUCAGCUGACUUCAAUCUAUUAGCUACUACUAACCUGCUAAAACAAUGAUCGUCUUAUCUCUGGUAAUCUUAAGCAUAGUGCUAACGUCUGUCUUACUGUUGGCAAUUGGUGCUAGUGCCUCUCUGCUUCUUUUGCUGGAUGCUAACCACAGGUGGUUGGUGGCACCUUAAUUGAGGAUGACGGCCUCAUACUAAUGGCUGGAACGGAAUAAGUGGAAUGUUAUCAAGCACAUGGUUUCCAUGUGUUUAACACCACUACAUUCCAGACAUUAUUAUAAACCGUCCUCCCCUCGCCAGCCUCCUGUGAUGCUAACGCUGUCUGGGCGCUAACCACUAGAUCCGCUAACCGCUAGCUGUACUGUCUGGUCCUGGUGCAGGUUUUGGCUGCAGGUCCCGGGCCACCUGCGCUGUGUAGAGUCUAACAGUCUGAGUGUGGUGUGGGGGAUCGGGUGUGACGGCACCGCCUGGGUCUACUCUGGCUCGGGCAGCGCUGCUGGGGAAGAGCCCCCUCAGGGUAAUAAAUGACCCCACAACUCAGUCUUCCAGGCCACCACAGUCCUGGGUUGUGUUCAUUAGGCACAAAACAGACAAAAAUGGACUACCUGGACUUGUCCAAUAAGAAACACUCAUUUUCAUUUUCCAUUGCAAAAAAAACAUUUUGCCCUAAUGAACACACCUGUGAUGGUUUUCAAUCAUUUCUUCCAUGUAGCUGAUUAAGUCAUUGAUUGACCUUAAUUAAAGAUGAAAACCAGCAAGCACUGUGACUGCGGUUCUUGAGGACUCAAGUUGUUCACACCUGCCUUACACCGUGCCUUUACUAGUCCACCCUGUAAGCUUCUUUAAUCUUUUUACACUUUAAGCUUCUUUAACUUCAACCUAGGUUGAAGGUAAAGGAGGUUACGACAAGUUUUGAUUCCAUGUGGAAGCUUUUAGAAAAUAAACAGAUUCAUGGGACCAGUGCCGUUGCUAACUAGCAUAGCUGGUCCCAUUGUUGCAAAGAGUUAUGGGAUAUUAGAAUCCUCUUGUUUUGACCUUUUGUCAUUUUCAACCUAGCCUUCAACCUGCUUAUACAGUCAAUAUGGUUAAAGGAAUAGUUCACCCAAAUUACAAAGUGUUGUAGCCAAGUAUAAAGUAACAAUUCAAAGUACUGUAUUAGUGAACCUUCCAGCUAGAGAACUAGAAAAGUGAAUGGCCUUAUUACUUAUUAAUAACUUACUGCUUGGCUAACUGGGUGGGUGAUUGCCUGAGCAAUUCCCUAAUAUAGUGCAAUACUUUUGACCAGGGCUUUGGUCAAAAGUAGUGCACUAUAAAGGGAAGAGGGUGCCAUUUGGGAUGCAACCAUAGACUUUGCAUGGCCCUGCUACACCAUCAGACUUAUUAUAGCAGAGUUGUGACUUUUCUCUGUUUGUAGGAGACACGGGUAGCCUGCACACACAGACAGAUGUAAGGACUGUGUACAUCUAUGAGAACCAGCGAUGGAACCCCAUGACCGGAUACACAGACAAGUACUACAUCUCUCUCACGCGACUGUGUGUGUGCAUUGCAAUAAUAUGUUCUAGACACUUCCGACAGCUCCCCUAUAGGUCAGUGUGUGUAAUAUCCACUUUGCCACCCUUCCAGGCUUCUCCCCACAGACCGGUUCCCGUGGAGUGAUGACAACGGCUUUACAGAGUGCACCAAGUCCACCACCCACCCACCCUCGCCUCAGUGGAGCUGGGUAGGUAGACCUAGUCCCUAAACCUCCUACACCCUAAAACCUCUUAGUCCAAUGUUCAAUUUUUUUCUAACUGUAUCUUGAGUUGUUAAUGUUGUACUUGUACUCCCCCUCCCCUCAACAUGAAACAUGCCUCUGUUAUGCCAGGUGACAGAGUGGGCAGUCGACUUCGCUUUCUCAGGAGGGACAGACAAAGAAGGAUGGCAGUAUGCAGCAGACUUCCCUGUGUAAGAAAUACAAAUGUCCAUUCAUGUUUUAUCAACCCUAUAUCAUGGCUUACACUUAUCUUAGAAGAAGUCUUGUGUUGAUUGACUGUGUUCUGUGUCUCCGUCAUGUAGGACGUUUCAUGGCAACAAGAGCCUGAAGGACUUUGUCAGACGUAGGCGCUGGUUCAGGUAUAGUCUCUUUCACUCACUCACACUCAAACAUUUCAGUAGGAAGAGUAUGAUGAUAAUGUUUCUCGUUUCCACACAGGAAGUGUAAAAUCACCCUGACUGCCCCGUGGCAGGAAGUCCCGCCCAUCCCCCUGAGUGACAUCACAGUGUUGCCGUGCCUGGCUCAGAGCAGUAUGGAGCAGGUCCCAGUCUGGGGCCUCAGUGACAAGGGGGACGUCCUGUGUCGCCUGGGGGUCACCCCCCAAAACCCUGCGGUGAGGAACACCCCCAAACCCUACAACCUGGGACUUUAACCAAAGACACUCAUUACUACCAUCACAGAAUAACAUCCUCUUUGAUUAAACUAUGAUCAAACAACAUGCUCACUCCAAUGUUAUUCUUCUAUAUAACAGAGUUCAGCACCCCCUUUUCGUCAGACUUUUUUUACAAUCAAUUCUGACCAAACCUCAGUAUCCAGCUUUCUUCCGUUCCCAAGUGAAUAUGUUACGAGUCUAGGACGUACACAUUGGCAUUAAUAUGGAGUUGGUCCCCCUUUGCUGCUAUAACAGCCUCCACUCUUCUGGGAAGGCUUUCCACUAGAUGUUGAAACAUUGCUGCGGGGACUUGCUUCCAUUCAGCCACAAGAGCAUUAGUGAGGUCGGCACUGAUUUUGGGUGGUUAGGCCUGGCUCGCAGUCGGCGUUCCAAUUCAUCCCAAAGGUGUUCGAUGGGGUUGAGGUCAGGGCUCUGUACAGGCCAGUCACGUUCUUCCACACCAAUCUCGACAAACCAUUUCUGUAUGGAACUCGCUUUGUGCAUGGGGGCAUUGUCAUGCUGAAACAGGAAAGGGCCUUCCCCAAACUGUUGCCACAAAGUUGGAAGCACAUAAUUGUCUAGCAUUUAAUUGUAUGCUGUAGCGUUAAGAUUUCCCUUCACUGGAACUAAGGGGCCUAGCCCGAACCAUGAAAAACAGCCCAGACCAUUAUUUCUCCUCCACCAAACUUUACAGUUGGCACUAUGCAUUUGGGCAGGUUCUCCUGGCAUCCGCCAAACCCAGAUUCGUCCAUCAGACUGCCAGAUGGUAAAGCGGGAUUUAUCACUCCAGAGAACGUGUUUCCACUGCUCCAGAGUCCAAUGGCUGCGAGCUUUAUACCACUCCAGCCGACGCUUGGCAUUGCGCAUGGUGAUCUUAGGCUUGUGUGUGGUUGCUCGGCCAUGGAAACCCAUUUCAUGAAGCUCCAGGUGAACUGUUCUUGUGCUGAGGUUGCUUCCAGAGGCAGUUUGGAACUCGGUAGAGGGUGUUGCAACAGACGAUUUGUACGCGCUUCAGCACUCGGGGGUCCCGUUCUGUGAGCUUGUGUGGCCUACCACUUCACGGCUGAGCCAUUGUUGCUCAUAGAUGUUUCCACUUCACAAUAACAGCAUUUACAGUUGACCGGGGCAGCUCUAGCAGGGCAGAAAUUUGACGAACUGACUUGUUGGAAAGGUGGCAUCCUAUGACGGUGCCACGUUGAAAGUCACUGAGCUCUUCAGUACGGGCCAUUCUACUGUCUGUUUGUCUAUGGAGAUUGGAUGGCUGUGUGAUUUUAUACACCUGUUGCAACAGGUGUGGCUGAAAUAGCUGAAUCCACUAAUUUAAAGGGAUGUCCACAUACUUUUAGCCAUGUAGUGUAUGACAAUGAAAAAAUUAAUAAUUCUGACCGUAAUACAUUAAAAAAAAAAUAUAUAUAUACAUAGCUAAUACCGUAAGUAUGUAAUAUGUUGUAUUACAUUCUAUGGUGCUGUGCUGUUGAUUGUUCAUGCCAUCUCUGACUAUACCACCUCAGGGUUCCUCGUGGCUCCACGUGGGUACUGACCAGCCCUUCAAGUCCAUCUCCAUCGGGGGUGGUCACCAGGUGUGGGCCAUCGCCAGGGACAGAGCCGUGUUCUACAGGGGCUCAGUGUCCGCCAGCAACCCUGCAGGUGAGACCCAACCCUGGGGAGGAACCAAACAAACAUCUGGGUCCUUCUGAGAUGCUGGAUAUAUAUGGAUGGCCUACAGUGCUCUAUGACUGAAAUACACAACUACUAAUACAUUUCUUUUUGAAAGAACAUAAUGGCCCGUUUCCUAGACACAGAUCACUGUAAGACUAGUACUGAACUAAAAAUAACCCUCAUUGGAGAUUUUCAAUUGAAAGCACGUUUUAGUCCAGGACUAGGCUUAAUCUGUGUAUUUCCUGGCCCAUACUGAACCUUAGUCAACUUGUUUUUUUUGUUCUUUGUCAUCAUCCUGCAGGAGAGUGUUGGUACCACAUCCCCUCCCCGCCCAGACAGAGCCUCAGACAGCUGUCUGUAGGGAGAACCUCUGUCUACGCUGUGGACGAAAACAGUGAGUACCCACUACUAUCCACAACCUGUGGGUCAGCUCUUUCGAUGCUUGCUUUGCAGGAGAGCUCUCUGAUAAGUCAAUGAAGGAAUGUAUUUAAUUGACAGGGACAGUGCACAUUAAUCAACAUUUGUCCACAUCAAUGUAAAUGUGCCGGGGUAAGGAAAACACUCAUUUCCAUCUGCACUUUCAGACGUAGUCCCUAGAUGGAUGAAUCGACAAGCAAGAUCAAUGUUUCCUAACUAAUGGAAUAGUUAGGAAAGUCUCUCCUGACUGCUGUUCUCCCCUGCUGUGUGUGUAGGUAACCUGUGGUACAGACAGGGCCUGACUCCCAGCUACCCCCAGGGCUCAGCCUGGGAGCUCAUCUCCAACAACGUGACUAAAGUCUCAGUAGGACCUCUAGACCAGGUUAGUACAACGCUCCCAUAAAGUGAAAUCAUUCUUAUAUUUAAAAAGUGCUGUUUUUUUUCAAGCUCAUUUUACAGUGGUGAGUAAGUUAUUAGUGACUUGUUUUCUACUUCCAACACCUGGUCAUGUGGUGUUGUUUUGUCCAGGUGUGGGUGAUAGCAGACUGGGUCCCAGGCUGCCCCAGUGAGCUGUCUGUCCAUGGAGCUGUCUGUCACAGGCUGGGGGUGGGACCCAUGCAGCCCAAGGGCCAAUCCUGGGACUACGGCAUCGGGGUGAGUCAUUACCAACUGGGUGUUGAUGUCCGCUCCAAAGACAUUGGCCGUGUCCAAAAUGUCACCCUAUUCAAAUCCCUACUUUUGACCAGAGGCCUAUGGGCCCUGGUCACAAAUGGUGCACUACAAAGGGAAUAAGGUGCCAUUUGGGAUGCAGACAUUGUACAGUAUCUGAAAUACCUCUGUUGUUGUGAAGAUGGUUAUGGAAGAGAUGUCAUGUUAAUGUAAGGAUCUCUGUCUUUCAGGGAGGAUGGGAACACAUCAGUGUGAGAGGGAACUCCACAGAGGUUCUGCGUGCCCCCCACCCUGCCACCCCGGCCCUUACUGGCACCACCCCCCGUAGCCCACUCCCUGCCAGGCCGGCCCUUACUGACACCACCCCCCAUAGCCCACUCCCUGCCAGGCCGGCCCUUACUGACACCACCCCCCGUAGCCCACUCCCUGCCAGGCCGGCCCUUACUGACACCACCCCCCAUAGCCCACUCCCUGCCAGGCCGGCCCUUACUGACACCACCCCCUGUAGCCCACUCCCUGCCAGGCCGGCCCUUACUGACACCACCCCCCAUAGCCCACUCCCUGCCAGGAUACCUUUGUCACAGGAGAACGGGAACGCUGUGGGUCUGUAG